AUGACGAAGGACUCGGAGGACAGCAUUCCAGGUGCCUUUAAGGUGGUGCCAAGAGUUCUUGUCCAGCACGACUAUGCCAACUGGACGCCAUCUCAGAACUGUCCGUGUCACAUACAUUGGUGGCUGGGUGAUGAAGUCCACGAAACAUCUCGCGAGAGCAGAGCAGCGGCGUCUCGUGACGUCAAGUGUGCCAACUGUCGUAAAAGCACAUGGAAGAAGGACAAAGAAGUGAAGGCGGACGCUAAUAAAACGGGAGCAAAGUGUGAGGAGGAACUUUCCAAAAGAAAAGAGGAGGACAAUCAACUACUGGACGCUGUUUUCAAGAAACAUCAAGUUGUGUUACACAUAAAAGACGUCCAGCAGGUGUCAGCAGAGAGUCAUGAAGAGAUUCCCUCCAAACAGCAGGAGUGGAGCUCCAGUGUGGGACAGAAGGAGCUACAGGCCCCCUCCCACAUUAAAGAGGAAGAGGAGGAACUGUGGGAGCAGCUUCAAAGGUUGGUGAAGGAUAAUGAUGAAUAUGAAGCUCAGUCCUUACAGCUUCAUCACAGUCAAAGUGAGGAGAACAGAGGGGCGGAGCUUGUAAGUCAACACAUCACAGAAGCUGAUGGAGAGCAUUGUGAAGAUAUAAAGUCGGAACCAGACAGCAUCUUUGCUCCACUGUCAGACAUGGACCACAUGAUGUCACACUCUUCUGAUCACAGUGACCACAUCCAAGAACCUUUGGAGAGUAAAAAUGACUCUAAAGGUGAUACGAGACAUCACACUAACAACAAACACUUGGACUGCUCUGAAUGUGGGAAAUCAUUUAGACUGAAGACUGAUUUUACAAGACACACGAGAAUACAUACUGGAGAGAAACCUUUUACUUGCUCUGUUUGUAAAAAAAGUUUCUCCACAAAGCAACACAUGACCACACACAUGAGAACACACACUGGAGAGAAACUUUUUACUUGCUCUGUUUGUAAGAAGAGUUUCUCCAUUAAGCCUGCCAUGACCAGACACAUGAGAACGCACACUGGAGAGAAACCGUUUACUUGCUCUGUUUGUAAGAAGAGUUUCUUCAGAAAGUAUAACAUGUCCUCACACAUGAGAACACAUACUGGAGAGAAACUUUUGUCUUGCUCUGUCUGUAAGAAGAGUUUCUCCACAACGCAACAUAUGAUCACACACAUGAGAACACAUACUGGAGAGAAACCUUUUACUUGCUCUGUUUGUAAGAAGUGUUUCUCCAGAAAGCAAUACAUGACACCACACAUGAGAACACACACUGGAGAGAAACCUUUUACUUGCUCUGUUUGUAAGAAGAGUUUCUCCACAAAGUCUAACAUGUCCUCACACAUGAGAACACAUACUGGAGGGAAACCUUUUACUUGCUCUGUUUGUAAGAAGCAUUUCUCCACAAAUCUUGUCAUGACCAGACACAUGAGAACACACACUGGAGAGAAACCAUUUAGUUGCACUGUGUGUGAUAAGAUGUUCUGGCAUAAGUAUCAGGUCAGUAAACACAAGUGUGUAACAGUCAUGGAAGCUGCAGGGAUUUAAAAACACUUAGUGAUUGUGCUAAAUGUACUUUAAAAACACAGCAUGUUUAAUAUGAAUGUAUAUUUGAUGUUGUAUGUAGUGCCUCUCAUCUUCUACUGUUAAAUUUAAAGGCCUACUGAAAGCCACUACUACCGACCACGCAGUCUGAUAGUUUAUAUAUCAAUGAUGAAAUAUUAACAUUGCAACACAUGCCAAUACGACCUUUUUAGUUUACUAAAUUGCAAUUUUAAAGGAGAACAUUAUCACCAGACAUAUGUAAGAGUCAAUAUAUACCUUGAUAUUGCAGAAAAAAGCCCAUAUGUUUUUUUAACGGAUUUCCGAACUCUAAAAUGGUGAAUUUGGCGAUUUAAACGCCUUUCAAUUGUUCGCUGUCGGAGCAAUGACCUUUCACCUGUGACGUUACAACGGGAAGCAAUCCACUAUUUUCUCAAACACAUUACACACACAAGUCAAAUCAGCUCUGUUAUUUUUUUUUUUUUUUACUACUGUUUUCCGUCCCUUGGAGACAUCAUGCCUCGUCGGUGUGUUGUUGGAGGGUGUAACAACAUGAUCAGGGACGGAUUCAAGUUGACUUACGUGGCGUGUGCAUCGAUUAGCAUGGCAUGCUAAUCGAUGCUAACAUGCUAUUUAGGCUAGCUGUAUGUACAUAUUGCAUCGUUAUGCCUCAUUUGUAACUAUAUUUGCAUCCAGCCUUUCCCUCCACCCACAUUGAAUGUCAAACAAACACAUACCAAUCGACGGAUUCAAGUACACCAAAGGUCAAAAGAUGCGAAAGUCCCUUGUUUGUUCUGCACAUUUUACCGACGACAGCUAUGCUACGACAGAUGGCACAGAGAUGUGUGGAUAUCCUGCGACACUCAAAGUAGAUGCAUUUCCAACGAUAAAGUCUACGAAAUCCCAAAGGUGAGUUUUGUUGAUGUUAUUGACUUAUGUGCUAAUCAGACAUAUUUGGUCACGGCAUGACUGCCAGCUAAUUGAUGCUAACAUGCUAUUUAGGCUAGCUGUAUGUACAUUUGUAGCUAUAUUUGCCUGCAGCCUUUCCCUCCACCCACAUUUAAUGCCAAACAAACACUUACCAAUCGACGGAUUUAAGUUGCUCCAGUGGUCAAAAGAUGCAAUCGUCGGUUAGAAGGUGAUCGCCGAAUAGCUUCAAUAGCUAUUCACUCAAAAGCUUCAGUUUCUUCUUCAAUUUCGUUUUCGCUAUCUGCCUCCACACUCCAACCAUCCGUUUCAAUACAUGUGUAAUCUGUUAAAUCACCUAAAUCGCUGAAAUCCACGUCUGAAUCCGAGCUAAUGUUGCUAUAUCUUGCUGUUCUAUCCACCAUGUUUGGUUGUAUUGGCAUCACUAUGUGACAUCACAGGAAAAUGGACGGUGGAUUUACAGAUAGCGAAAAUCAGGCACUUUUAAGCCUUUUUUCGGGACAUUCCAUGAUUGGAAAAAUUUGGAAAAAAACUUAGAAAAAUAAAAUAAGCCACUGGGAACUGAUUUUUGUUGGUUUUAACUCUUCUGAAAUUGUGAUAAUGUUACCCUUUUAUAUGAAUGUAUAUUUGAUGAUGUAUGUAGUGCUUCUCAUCUUCUACUGUUAUAUGUUGUCCUGGAGUUUUUAAGUUGUGUGCAUGUAUUGAAUAUCAUGUAUGUAGCUACUAAUUUAUUUGAUUUUCUCAUUGUCAUCUUUAUUUCACAAAAUGUGGACUCUAGUAGAUGAGCAGCAUUGUUACAUCAUGGAUGUUAACUACAGCAAAACAUCAACAAAGAAGAAAAAGGCUGAAGUUAGCAACACAUCACUGAACUUUAGAGUCACCGUGAGUGGAGUUGCUUGUUUUUAUUGCUGCAUUUGUACUUAUUUCACCUCACAUCUUCACUUUCAACCCUAAAGUCUUUUUCAAAUAUAUUGUUGUAUGCUUCUAAGAUUGAUGUUUAUUAUGUGUGUGUAGUCUGUGGAAAGGGUUGUUGUCCCUUGUGGAUCAAUUUGUUCACCUGAACAGAUACAACAACAUCAUCAUCAUCAUCAUUAUCAAAAUACAGAUUUAAGCACUGUAUUAGAGUGCCUCUUGUAGUACUCCAACUCGCCACACUGAGAAGUGGGGGCAAUCCUGAGCUAGCAGAUGCAUGUUGCUCUCAUGUUUUAUCAGCGAGGAAGACAGCAUUUGUGUUUACUUUUUUGUCAGAUCCAAGUGGUAUUGCUCCGCUGAAUAAAUGAAUCACUAUG